ACUUGGAUACUCUCUCAGUCCUUGCUCUGCGCCUUCUUCUUCGCUCCGUUAGCUCCUAUUUGUAUCUACAUCCAGAAAGCUUUCUUCUUCAGAUUGCUCUUCGAGACUGCUUUCCGUCAUAGAGAGAGAGAGAGAGAGAGAGAAGUAGUUUUUGGAGUUCGGCUUAAUUUGGAGGAAUUCGAGUUACAGAAUUUAGUAGGAAAAUAUGGCAGAAGUGGAGCAGAAGAAGGUAGAGACCGUAGAAGCGACUUCAGAUCCUUCGCCACCUGCGACUCCACCAGCUGUUGAAACUUCAACAGAUGUUGCAGAGGAGAAGACAGUGAUUCCGCCACCUCCGGAAGAGAAAGAGAAGGUCGAUGACACCAAAGCUCUUGCAAUUGUUGAAAAGGUUCCAGAAUCUAAAGGAGAGAAGAAAAUUUCUGGAGGCUCCAAUGACAGAGAUACUGCUCUUGCACGGGUUGAAGCAGAGAAGAGAUUGGCUUUGGUAAAAGCAUGGGAAGAAAGUGAAAAGACAAAAGCAGAGAACAAGGCCCAUAAAAAGCUUUCUGCAAUUGGAUCGUGGGAGAAUAGCAAGAAAGCCGCUGUGGAAGCUAAGCUGAAAAAGAUUGAGGAACAACUGGAAAAGAAGAAGGCAGAGUAUGCGGAGAAAAUGAAAAACCAGGUGGCUCUAAUCCACAGGGAAGCAGAUGAAAAGCGAGCAAUGGUUCAAGCCAAGCGUGGAGAAGAUAUUCUCAAAGCAGAAGAGAUAGCUGCAAAAUAUCGAGCAACUGGGAAUACCCCCAAGAAACUCAUUGGAUGCUUUGGGAGCUGAAAUUUUAUGCUUGAUCAAUAUCGAAGAAAAUGAACUUACUUUCUGUAAAUUGUAUUUUGUGUUUGUUUGCUUUAGGUGGAGAUCUGAUAAUUGUUCUUUUCUGUUGUGUGUAUAGUGUGCAAGUGUGAUGAAUUACUGUGUAAAUAGGAAACAUAUUUAAUUUAUGAAAGCAAGUUUUAUAUGUUCUGCAAA